UCGCCACCUUCCGACAGCAGUGGAGACACACUACACCAGGAUACAAGCCCCGACGACCACCCUAAUGGUGAUGGCGUGCUCUCCCUCAGCAGCCCUAACGAACUCAAGUUGAGCAACCUGUCGAUAGACGAUGGGGGAGUGCGCUUCUUCAGAGGUGGUACAGAUCGUUACAGUAGUCCGUUCCAUCGUGGCGUCAAGUCGUACCAUGACUCCAGCUCUUCCGAUCCUCCCCUCCGUGAGAACUCUCGCAGGGAUAGUAAUCACCGCUCGACAACUUCAUACAGCGGCAGGGCUGGAGGUUCAGGCUAUCGCAGCUCACGUACGUGGAUGUCCCCCGAUCAGCAAGCCCAGCAAGAGUUUAUGGUGAUACGCAACGCCAUGCGCCGGCUGUUCAAGAACUCCGAAGUCGCCAAGUGGAAGAUCUCUGACUAUAUUGCUCACCGUGAAGCCAUAGUUGCUUCCCAGGCAAGCAGGCUUGCAAAUCAGGUCAAGGCGAAAGAAGAAGCCCGUAUCUCCCCGGUUAUUGCUCCCCAUGUCCAACACAACCUCAGAAAGUGGGGGCUUGAAGGAAACUUCGAUGGGCAUGGUAACUUGGGACGCGUCCUUGGAGAACACACGAUCUGGUGCGACGAUUGGAUGAAUGGCAAGGAUGAGGUGUCGCCUUGGCCCUCUAUGCCUGAGAUGAAGUGGGAGGGUGAUGAUCGGGCCAAAACUGGCGUCGGACGCUUCUUGCCCCUUCCUCGUGAAGAAGGCCCGCCCACUCUUCAGUGGAAUCAACUCCCAGUCAUCGAGCAGUACCCUAUCGAUCAGGUUGCCCGCAUUCCGACCAUGGAGGACAUUUAUCUCCCGGUUGACGACCAGAUUGAGCCAGAUCGCGAGUAUCUAUGGAGCAAGAACCUUGAGAAGGAUAUCGACGCCUUCUUAGAGUCAUAA